GGCUUGCCUCAGGGGGCGGGGUCAGGGCCCCGGGCAGGCCCUCCCGGCCCCCGGACUCCCCACUCGAUUUCCGGAGCGGGGUAUCAGGCGCUGGGGCGCGCCCGCGGGUGGUUUCUCCGAGUCCCGGCGGGUGAGUUGGAGUCCUCGCUCCCUCUCGGCUGCGUUUUCCGGCCCCACCGGUUCUGGGCUGGGGCCUCGACCCUGGGCCGGAGGCGGCGCCCUCGAAGUGUGGCGGGACGGCCGGUCGCCGGGUCAGGGAGCGCGCGGGUUCAGGACCGGGAAGCGCAGGCACCCCAGAGCACCGGUCGGCUCUCCGCCCCGUCGCUGACGCAGCGAGGGGCGGUGCCCGCCGCGGCCACACCCCCAGCCCCGACUUGGCUCCGCUGUCCGGGGUCUCGCAGAAGCCGCAGAGGUGUGCUUGGCGCCUGAGAGGUGGACCUGUCCCGGAGUCCUUGUCCCGUAUCCGUGGGGGUGGGGAAAGAAGAGCUGGCUGUGACCUUUGCCCUGUCUUGGAGGCUCCAGCCUUGGGCUAAAUGGCAGCACCCCCGCUGGGCCGUCUGGUGCUGACCCACGUGCUGGUAGCCCUCUUUGGCAUGGGCUCAUGGGCUACCAUCAACGGGAUCUGGGUGGAGCUGCCUGUGGUGGUGAAAGACCUCCCCGAGGGUUGGAGUCUCCCCUCCUACCUCUCUGUGCUUGUGGCGCUGGGGAACCUGGGUCUGCUGGUGGUGACCCUGUGGAGGCGGCUGGCCCCGAACAAGGGCGAGCGGGCCCCCAUCCAAGUGGUGCAGGCGCUGAGCGUGGUGGGCACGGCCCUGCUGGCCCCUCUGUGGCCCCACGUGGCGGCAGUGGCGGGGCAGGAGCACUCCGUGGCCUUCCUUGCUCUGUCCUUCGUGCUGGCGCUGGCCUGUUGUGCUUCGAAUGUCACUUUCCUGCCCUUCCUGAGCCGCUUGCCGCCUUCCUUCUUGCGGUCCUUCUUCCUGGGUCAGGGCCUCAGUGCCCUGCUGCCCUGUGUGCUGGCCCUAGUGCAGGGUGUGGGUCGCCUCGAGUGCCCACCAACCCCCACCAAUGGCACUCCUGGGCCCCCCAUUGACUUCCCAGAGCGUUUUCCUGCCAGCACUUUUUUUGGGGUCUUGUCCGCCUUAUUAGUCGUUUCAGCUGCCGCCUUUCAGGGUCUCCUGGUGCUAUUGCCGUCACCACCAUCUGUACCUACAGGAGGCCCAGCGCCUGGCCUGCAGGUGGGAGCCCCAGGAGUGGAGGAAGAGGAAGAGGCCUCACCCCUGCAGGAGUCUCCCAGCAAGGCGGCAGGCACCACCCGCAGCCCAGAACCUGCGGCCCAUCGGCUGCUCUCCACCCGUGGUGUCUGCCUGCUGGGCCUGCUGGCCGUCACCAACGCUCUGACCAAUGGCGUGUUGCCUGCUGUGCAGAGCUAUUCCUGCUUGCCCUAUGGGCGCCCAGCCUACCACUUGGCUGUGGUGCUGGGCAGUGCCGCCAACCCCCUCGCCUGCUUCCUGGCCAUGGGUGUUCUAUGCAGGUCCCUGGCAGGGCUGGGCAGUCUCUCCCUGCUGGGCAUGCUCUUUGGGGCCUACCUGAUGGCGCUGGCAAUCCUGAGCCCCUGCCCACCUCUGGUGGGCACCUCUGCAGGGGUGGUCCUUGUGCCUGCUACUGUGUCCACCUUCCCAGGUGGUGUCGUGGGUUCUGUGUCUUGGCGUGUUCUCAUACGUGAAGGUGGCUUCCAGCUCCCUGCUGCAUGGAGGGGGCCAGCAGUCGUUGCUGGCAGCUGGCGUGGCCAUCCAGGUGGGCUCUCUGCUCGGUGCCAUGGCCAUGUUCCCUCCCACCAGCAUCUACCAUGUGUUCCGCAGCGGGAAGGACUGUGUGGACCUCUGUGGCCCCUAAGCCUGAGCAGGUGGGGACUCCACUCCACUCCACUUGUCUUCAGGUUGGGGUUGCCACAGUGCCUGCGUGCCCACAGCCCAGGGAGGCCCACCCUACCAGCAGCCUGCUCGCGGAUGCCUGCGUACUCCACCGGAGAACCUGGCACUGCGGGCCAGGGUUGGGACCACAGAGCAGGCUCGGAGCCAGGGCUCGGCUGGGGAUGUGGAUUUGGCCCAGGCCCAGGACCUGUGUGGGAUUUGUACAAUAAAGCAUGUUUAUUCCAUGAGUUGGAGCUAAUCCCAGGAAAAACUCUUGCUGUGUAG